UAAACAACCAAUCAGAUGACUGCGCUUGUCUACUUGCAUAAGCUAUAAUAAUGCAUGUGAAAUAUGUAUAAAUACGUGUUGAUUUUCAUAAUAAAACGAUCUGUUGCCUGGCCCUUGUCUUCUGUUGUUACAUUUGGUGUCGCUGCCUACCGACAAAUGGAAAGCCUAUGCCCUGCUGUUUUUGAUGGAGGCAUAUGGAUCUUCGGGCAGGACUUCAAGGCUUCUGCGCAGUUGAGUGGCGUUCAAGAUCUGUCAGCGAUGGAGCUGCUACUUGGGACGCUGCUGGGAGGUCGGGUGAAAGCAGCAUAUGAAAGUGUGAGACGAAAUACUGACGAAUGUUCGACAGGGUCAGGCAAACAGUUUCCAAAGUGGGAAGGACCACAUAUGGUCACUUCGAGAUGGGAUUACGCGGACACAAUCGCAAUGACGAACAAUGAGAGGCGCGUGAACGUCAGUGAGCUCCAGAAAUGGAUACAGCGAGACAAGCCAACGAUGACGCCUGCACCAAGUAGAUCAAGCCGACUUCAGUCGCACGUAUUUGACGGGGGGACGAGUGUGGUGAGAGCAGGCCGUGAGAAAAUAUGAGCAAGGCUGAUUCAACAACCAAUCACAGCAAAGUUAACGUGGCAAAAUAUGAUUCGCAGAUAGAGAACUCUAUUUGUCGAGGAAUCCCGAAACAACCAAUCAGAAGCCUGCGUUUGUCUGCCUAACUUCUGAUAAACAACCAAUCAGAUGACUGCGCUUGUCUACUUGCAUAAGCUAUAAUAAUGCAUGUGAAAUAUGUAUAAAUACGUGUUGAUUUUCAUAAUAAAACGAUCUGUUGCCUGGUCCUUGUCUUCUGUUGUUACA